AUGGCCUAUCAAAAAUCUUUUGAAGGAGCUCUUGACAAAGCAAUUUCGAAUCCGCAACUUAAGAUGGACGAGCCUACUUACACCGGAAAAUGCCAAAAGGCCGAGAACACGGGCACCAGAGUCGGAAAUUAUAUUAUUACUCCAGGUUAUUUUGGUCCCUAUGCCCAUGCGUCAAUUUCCCCGGUGCUUCCUCCUCGGUCUACCAUGUUUGAAUGGCAUAAAUCACGUCGCAGAGUACCUGCAACCGUUGAUAAGGUUUUAAUCGAAGAACUCCAAAAGAUGCACAUCGCCAAAAUUCUUGAAGCCCACAAGAAAUCUGCGUUUACUCCUCAAUCAUCAACUUUAAAUGGUCGAUUGCAUCAAAAGUUUCUAGCACAGAAACGCGACUCGAUGUCUGACAGGGAUAGAAAACCAUUCGAAUCCAGAUGGGCUGCCUGCAAUUGA